UGGAGUGGCUCAAGUGGUAGAGUGCCUGCCUAGCUUGAACUCUGUCUGUCCUGAGUUCAAGCUCCAGUGCCGCCAAAAAUAAAAAAACAGGAAGUGGACCCUUGAGGGUCAUCUGGUAUAGAUAACACUUAAAGCCUUCGGAGGAGAAUCAGGUCAAAGCCCAGGGCACUCCAGUGUUUAAAUCGGUUCUCAAUUGGGAGUGAUUGUGCCACACAUCAGGGUGUGGCAACACUGGGAGACUUUCCUUUCUAGGCAGCAGCACUCUUACUGCUUGAGCCACUCCACCGGCCUGCUUUUUCCUUUCUAGUGUUGGGACCCACGACCUCGAGAAUUCUAGGCAAGCACUAUACCUUUGAACUACAUCCCCAACCCCUGGAGACAUUUUUGUUAUAACUGGAGGGCCACUGACCUAAAACAGGUGGAAGCCAGGGUGCUCCUAGACAUAAACAAUGCACAGGAUUUGACCUUCUUGUUUACCUAACCCCAAGGAUGGGGUGGUCAGCAUUAUUCUGCCAAUAGGGGAUUUUUUGUUGUUCUUCUUCAUAACCCUCCCCCCUCAGCACUGGGAUUUGAACUCAGGGCCUUACGCAUGCUAGGCAGGCACUCUUACCUCUUGAGCUACUCCACAAGCCUAUUUUGUUUUCUAAGACAGGGUAUCAGUAUGUAGCCAGCCCAUGGUGACCUCAAAUGUGCCAUCUUCCUUUCUCCACAUUCCCAGUACUGGGAUUACAGGUGUGAUGCUCAGCAUCACUAGGUUAUUUUUGUAUUUCAAGCCCCCAGUCACUGAAGAACCCCUUAAGGUCACAGUCCUGGCAAAGCCACUGUGCACCUGGUGGUGAGGUGAGGUGGAGAUUGAUUUCUGUUCUUGGCAGAGGGGGAAGAAACUGAAUUGUUGGGCUCAAGAGCUAGGAAAUUAGGUAAGGAUGGAGGCAUAGCUCAAGUGGUAGAACACCUGCCUAGCAAGCAUGAGGCCUUAAGUUCAAGUCUAAGUGCCGCACCCCUUCCCCUCUCCAAAAAAAAAAUCAAAAACAACAACAAAGAAAACCUAGGAAACUAGAUUUCUGAGUCCAGAGAGGGUACCAAACGUCUAGGAUGGCAAAGAAGGGACCAUGGCUGGAGAGUUCCAAGUUUUCACAAGUCAGGAAUUACUCUCCUGAAUCCAUAAAACAAGAGGCUGUGAUCUCAGUUUCCAGAGGAAAAGGAGUGGUGGGAGGAUAUGAACUGGGUUCCUAGAAAGACAGAAGUAGAGACUCCUGGGUCCUGCAAAGGAGGAAAUGGGUCAGGCUACCAUAAUCCUGGCUUUAUUUAUUUUGUGAUACUGGGGAUUGAGCCCAGAGCCUCCCUCAUGCUAGGCUAGCCCUCUACCACUGAACCUGAAGUUCUGGCUCUGUGAAGGAAGGCAGGGCCUGCAUUUUGUAGAGAGGUGGGCAGCUGAGGACUUCUGUUUCCCAGACUGAGGGAAGGUGGUUCUUGAGGGGAAAUGAACAGCACUCCUGAACCCCAGGCCUGGGAUGGGCAGUAUCUCAAUCAAACCAUUGUAUCAGGAUCACCAGGGGACAUGUCAUAUCAAAGAUUUCCCUCAUGGCCAGGGUAUCUGAUACAGGUAAGUGGGGCACGAAAAUCGGUGCUUCUGACAAGUUCUGAAGUGAUGCUGAUGCAGAACCAGGGACCUGCUUUUGAGAAUCACUGGGCUACGUAAUUGGACUUCCUGGUUCUAAGGGAGGAAGGGCCUUGAAUGUGAGGCAGUAGAUCCUUACAGGAGGAUAGGGCCUUGGUUAGCCUUGCUGGGAGCUUCUGAAUCCUGGAAUAGGACUCUUGGGUCUGAGGGAGGAGGGCUGGAGCUUGGAUUUCUGUGUCCUGAUUCCCCACUCCCUUCCUUCCCCCAGGAGUGCCUGGACCAUGCUGCUGAGUGCCUACUGGCAUGGCCUGCACCCUGGCUACUACCUAAGUUUCCUGACUAUCCCGCUGUGCCUGGCUGCUGAGGGCUAUUUGGAGUCAGCCCUGCGGGGACGGCUGAGCCCUGGGGGCCAGCGGGUCUGGGACUGGGUGCACUGGUUCCUGAAGAUGCGUGCCUAUGACUACAUGUGUAUGGGCUUUGUGCUCCUCUCCAUGGGUGACACGCUCCGGUACUGGGCCUCUAUAUACUUCUGCAUCCACUUUUUGGCCCUGGCCUGCCUAGGACUGGGGCUAGCUUUGGGUGGGGGCAGCCCCAGCCGGCGGAAGACAGCAGCCCAGGCCAGCAGCCUUUCCCGGGAAAAGCUCCGUGAGGAGUGAGCCGUACCAUGUCCCCUCUGCCAGCCAGUCCAGCCUCCAAGCUUUUCCCUGAGAAUUCUGUGAACAGACUGCUGUCUCCUUCCCCAGCAAAAGUCCAUCCUUUGGCUGGGAGCCUGGAAAGGAUUCUGUCUGGUCCAGCUAACUACCCUGCCUUCACAAGAGUUCUCCCAACUCCCUGACCUGACCUGCACCUCCAACAGGCCACUUCUCCGUGCUCUGAAAUCAGGAUGUUGUCCACACCAGGAUCCCUUUGGCCCUACUCCAGCCGACCAGUGUUGAGAGAGCUGCACUUAACCCAGAACGCCAAGGCAGGGGCCAACGGUGAUGUGGUUUCUGGGACAAAUGCCCUCUUUGGAUCCCCAGUUUGGGAACAGUUUCAAGCCUUGGUUCUGGGAUAUGGGGGACUCGCUUCCUGUGUCUUGCUCCAUUUUUAUCUCAUCAAACCAGUAUUUCAGACAUGGAAGGCAACAUGACCGUCCAGGUCCUAAAGGGGAGACUAAGUAAGGUGCAGGCUAUCAGCCUGGUGAAUGCACUCUUGCAGGUUCCCUCAGAGCCACUUCCAGGCCCCAGUGCACCUGCCUCCCUCCUGUCAUCCUUGGCCUGAGAAGUCAAAAUGUGUAAAUCUUUCCCAAUAAAGUAUCGCACAGGCAUCUGUUUGUGAGAGUAUCUGUGGACAGUAAACUGAUAGGAAUGCUUAGCCCAGCCAAUGCUGGUGUGAUGUGCCCCUGCCCUGGGUUCCGGAAGCAGACCAGCCUGCUCAGGACUUCAGUUCCCAGAAGAACUUUCGCAGCAGUGGCCCUGAGUUACGGGAAGUGUGUUGUAUUCUCUUCAGGCCACCUGGUGGCCAGGUAUAGCCCUGCCCCAGGCCCCUCCCUUUAUCUAGUGCAGUCCCCGCCCUGGGGGCCACUAGAGACGGAAACAACUGUCUAGGGCCAUGGAAGGAAGCCGAACCUGGAUAGCAGAAGCCUGGGGCCCCUCUGGGGGGUGGCCAGACCCCCAGGAGACCAGAGGAGGCCGGUCACUUGCCUCUGUGUUGAAUGAGCUCCCCAGUGCAGCUACUCUUCGGUACCGUGGCCCUGGUGUGGUGCCGUGGGGGACACUGGAAGAGGAGGAAGAUGGAGGAAGAAGCCUCCAGUCCUUUGCAGGUGCUGCCCCAGUGGAGCUACAGGAUCCUCACCCAUCUCGGGAACUGCCAUGGCCUAUGCAGGCAAGACGGGCACACAGACAGAAGAGUCAGGCCAAGGACCAAGUGGCGGACAGCUCUGAAUCUAAGGCUUCCCACUGGGCCCUGAAGGUUUCCAAGUCUAAGGAAAAGAUGAAGGAAGGCUUGCAAACCCUCCAGCCCUGGGCAUGGACGCUGAAGAGGAUUGGGGGUCAGUUUGGUGCAGGCACAGAGUCCUACUUCUCCCUUCUGCGCUUCCUGCUGUUUCUCAACAUGAUGGCAUCUGUGCUUGAAGUCUGCAUGACGCUGCUGCCCACCUGGUUGGAAGGGGCUCCCCUGGAAUCCCCUCGCCCUAAUAUCUCCUCUUCCUGCGGCUCUUACAGCACCCACACCCAGGGCCUGGUCUCUUUCCCCUCACAGCUCUUCAACCUGCUCUCUGGAGAGGGUUACCUUGAAUGGUCCCCUCUGUUCUAUGGGUUCUACCCACCCCGUUCCAAUGUGGCAGUCACCUACCUGUGCUCAGUCUUUGCCAUUGGCCUCAUCUGCCUGCUGCUCAUCCUGCAUCGGUCGGUGUCCGGGCUGAAGCAGACAUUGUUGGCUGAGUCUGGGGCUCUGACCAGCUACAGCCACCGCGUGUUCUCGGCUUGGGACUUUGGCCUCUGUGGGAAGGAAAACGUGCGGCUGCGCCAGCGCAUCAUCCUGUAUGAGUUGCAGGUGGAGCUGGAGGAAGCACUGGUCUGGCGCCAGGCUGCAACGCAGACAAUGGGCCAGCGAGCCAAGGUGUGGUUGGUGCGGUUACUGCUCAACCUGCUGGUGUUAGCGCUCCUGGGGGCGGCCUUCUACGGCAUCUACUGGGCUACAGGGUACACCGUGGAUUUGCAGGAGAUGACCCUUGUUCAGCAGACGCCGCUGCUAAAGCUUGUGGUGGAUUAUCUUCCAUCAAUCUUCAUCUCUGUGGUCAACUUCGUGCUGCCUUUUGUGUUCAACUUUAUCGCCCCACUGGAGGGCCUCACCCGGAGCCGCCAGGUCGUUUUCAUCCUGCUCAGGACUGUGUUUCUACGCCUCGCCUCCCUGCUGGUCCUGCUCUUCUCUCUCUGGAAUCAGAUCACUUGUGGGGGCGACCGUGAGGCUGAAGCAUGCAAGACCUGUGGCUACAAUUACAAAGAACUUCCGUGCUGGGAGACUCGGUUGGGCCAAGAAAUGUACAAACUCCUGGUCUUUGAUCUACUGACUGGCCUGGCGGUCAUGCUGUUCAUCCAAUUCCCUCGCAAGAUAUUCUGUGGCCUCUGUCCAGGGGCACUGUGUCGUCUGGCGGGAAACCAGGAGUUCCAGGUGCCAGACGAGGUGCUGAGGCUCAUAUAUUCGCAGACUGUAGUCUGGGUGGGGAGCUUUUUCUGCCCUUUACUGCCUCUGCUCAACACAGUCAAGUUCCUACUGCUUUUCUAUCUGAAGAAGCUCACUCUCUUCUCCACCUGCUCUCCGGCCUCCCGCACCUUCCGAGCUUCCACAGCAAAUUUCUUUUUCCCCGUGGUCCUUCUCCUGGGCCUGGUCCUCUCUGCUAUUCCCGUGCUUUACAGCAUCUUCGUGAUCCCACCUUCUAAGGUGUGCGGUCCAUUCCAGGGCAAGUCUUCCAUCUGCCAGAUCCCUGAGUCCAUUGAGAGCCUCCCUCAGACAGCCCAGAACUUCCUCUUCUUUUUGGGGACCCAAGCUUUUGCUAUACCCCUUCUGCUGAUCUCCAGCAUCCUGAUGGCAUAUACAGUGGCUCUGGCUAACUCCUAUGGACGCCUCAUCUCUGAGCUCAAACGCCAGAUUGAGACAGAAGCGCGGAAUAAAGUCUUCCUGGCACAGCGCGCUGUGGCGUUGAGCUCGACCAACGGGCUUUUUGACCACGUUGGAUCCAGAUGACGACCUACUUUCAAGUCCUUGAUCUACCCCCCAGCCCCUUUGUAAGCCUCCGCUACGUCAUGUAUAAAAUCCGGAGAUUUCCAAGGCUUGAGCCGCCAAUUCCUUUACUCUCUACUGAACCUCUUAAUUAUAUCAAUAAAAACCGCCAAUGCUGCUGAGUGCUUUUGAAACCUAAUUCCUGAAGCCAGGGACAGGGCUUCGGCAGGGUACUCGCCAAUAUUGGCGAGUGUCUCCCGGAAGUGCUGUUCCGCCAAAGGACUAGACAGGCGUGCUAGCCAA